UAGCACAUGCUCAGAAUAUGUUUUCUUUUCUGGGAGUUGAAGUCUUCAGAGCGACUUUGCCCCCUUACCAGUGAUGCACUCACUACAUCUCCCACAAUCCCUUCUGUGUCUGAGAUGUUUAUCUGGACUCCACAUGGUCCAGGGGAUGUUGUGAAACUCCUGCACCUGACAGAAUUGCUCAUCACUUUCUCCAGACUGAUCAGAUCUCUCACGAGGAGCUGAAGGCAGGCGCACAUUUCUCAAGAGAUUAAGCAGAGCUUCCUGUCACUGAUGGAUAAACAGCCGGCGGUGGUGUUUCGAAAUGUGGGGCAGUUGUACUUCCCCCAAACCAGGGUGGAGUGCCAUUACAGUCUGACAUCAGAGCAUGGGUGGAGCAGCGGUGACUGGAUAGGGAUUUUUCAGAUGGGCUGGUCUUCAGUCAAACAGUAUUACACCUACACUUGGGCUCUGGUUCCUGAGGGCUACACGGAGGGAACCAGCGUCGACCACUGUGCCGUUUUCCAGGCGUCGUACUUGCCUCGCCCCAGUGCUGUGGAGUACCAGUUUGUUUAUGUGGAUAAGGUGGGGAAGGUUUGUGCCCGCAGUCGUCCGUUCACGUUCUGCGCCCCGAAGCCGCUGGAGGAGCUGGAGACGCUGAAGGAAGAACGGGAUGAGGAAGAUGGAGAGGAAGAGGAGCUGAUGCUGGUCAUCCCCAGAGCGCAGCUGCUGCAGAGUCGGCUCGAGCAGAGCCUCGACAAUCAGGCGGCCUUGCAGCGAGCUCUGGAUGAAGCCAAGAAGGAGGUGGAAACUGAAAAAGAAGCCGGCAAAAGAGCGAGGCUGGAGUGGGAGACGGAGAGGCAGACAAUGAAGGAGGAGAUCACUGAGCUCAGAGACAACCUGAGGCAGAGCUGUGAGAUGCUGAAAAGGCUGGAAGAAAAACACACGGAUGUGAAGUACAGUCAGGAAAUCCAGAGGUCUGAACUGAGAAAACUUGUAGCUGAGAAGGGCGAGAACCAGCAGCAAGUCCAAGACCUGAGGGACGAGGUGAAGGUUCUGGCUGACAGAGAAGAGCAAGCAAACAUGGAGCUGCAAAGGUUGAAGGAGAGAGUGAAGAAAAUGUCCUCCCAGAUGAAACAUGAUGAGGAAAAAAGGAAAUCCCUGCAGGUGGAAGUGGAGGCCUCGGCUGCAGAGCUGCGCAGCCUGCAGGAGCAGCUGGAAGCCAGCGACCAUGCAGCCGAAGGCCUGCACAACGAGCUGCGAGACCUGACCGCCCAACGCAACCGCACUCACGCUGAGCUGCACCAAGUCCGCCUCCAGGUGGCGCAGUUCACCCUGCAGCUGUCAGACCAGGACCUGGCCCUCAGGGAGGAGCGGGCCACCUGGGCCCUGGAGAGAGAGGCUUACAGGCACGCAGCAGAGAUUGAUAAGAAGAAAGUCCAGGAUCUGAGCUGUGAGCUUCAGAGGAAGGAGGAGUGGCUCCAGGAGGAGAGGUCUGAACGAGACAACCUGGAGGCAGAGCUCGGGAGAGAAAAAGCGCUGCUGAGCGACGCCAAGCGAGAGCUGCAGGAGCUGAAAGCCGCUCUGAGGAAGGUCCAGAAAGGGAGAGAGCAGGAGCUGCUGCACAAGCAGGAUUUGGUGACGUGCAUUCGGCAGCUGGAGAUGAAGCUGGGCAUCGGGGAAGAAACGAACCCAAACAACACAGAGGUUAAAUGUAUCUCUCCAGGUUCUUCAUCUUUGAACGGGGAUUUCGCUCCAUCAGCUGCUCCCAGAUCUGCUUCUUCAUCUUUCUGCCCGGAGGAAAGCUCCACCUCUGAGAUCCCAGUCGAGACUCUGAGCCGAAGCGAAGGUGACGAGUCGCCCGUUGACUCACAGGAUGAAAGAUCUCAGCUCAGCAAACCCCAAACCGGCGAAGCGAAGCAGCUGAUCCUGCCUGAACUCGCCGACCCCGUCCUGAGUGAGCUGGCUGACUCCCCAAUGUGGUAACAGAACAAGGAGCAAGCAGCUUUGGCGCCACUAAUGUUUAUUUGAAUCCAAGCUAAACAAAGAGCAUUUAGUUAGCUUUUGUUUCUUAUAUUUGUGAAAAUGCACUUUAAUUUUUCUUUUUUUUUUGUUCCUGAGUGGUCAAUCAUGUUAUAGGAAAUAUUUCUCGUGUUAAGUGCGAACCUCGACUCAGGUUACACGGAUUUUAGUACUUGUAAUUCAAUCCUCUGUGUUCCAGCCUUUAACCUUGCCGUAAUGUGAAUAUGUGGCAAAUGUGAGAAAUACGCCGUUGGCCUGACUUUCAUACUCUACGUGUUGUUCUGGUGCUACUUUGGCCCCUGGGUUUUGCAUGAGAGCACGACUCCUAAAACCGUGUCAGAUGUGUGGGCGUGCGAUCGCUGUCAAGUGUGAAACGUUCUGCUUCAGCUCUCCAAGCACCGAGUCAGGCCGGAGGAACAUGAAUGCCUGUCUGCAGCGCCGCAGCGUCGGGAAACUGCUGUUCAGGGCUCCUAGUGAAACGCUCGCCAGUGUUGUUCGGUUUCUGUGAUUUAUUGACAUGAUACUAACAGAAAAAAAAGAUCCUGAUCAUGAAAAUGAUACACAGACAUCUGCAUGAUGGAGGUCUUCACUUGACUGGAGUUAAAGCUGUUAUUAUUAUUAUCAUUAUCAUUAUUGCAGGGGAAUAUUCUCACUUUAAAAAGCCUUUAUUUAAGUAUAGGUAGUCAGUGUGAAAAAGUGUGGUGGACACAAUUCAAUUUACUGAGAGAACAAGUUAUAACAUUGGGCCAGGUUGGCACAUUUAUUUCUCAUUUUAUUCUGUUAUAGAGCUACUGUGUAAAAUCACCUAAAAGCUGUAAAAGCAGUUAACAGUUAAUGAGCUUAUUGUUAAAAAGUUCAUUAGCGAUGUUGUUUAAAAACUGCUCUUUUUGAAAUACUGUAAAAACAGUUCAGGUCAGUUAGCUUUAUUUUACUAAAAUACCUCUUUAUAAAAAAACUGUAAAAACAAUAAACUUAGCUUCAUGUUUUGUUUAUUGUUUUGUUUUAAACUGUAAAAAUAAUUAUAUUAAAUUGGCUUUAUUUUUUUAAAAACCUUGUUUUUUGAAAUACUCCAAAAACAGUUAACUUUAAUUUGCUUUUUUUUCCCAAGUAGCUCUUAAUAAAACACAGUAAAAACAAUUAACUUAGCUUUAUUUAUUUUUUUAUUUUAUUUUUGAAAAACAAUUAACCUUAACUUUUUUUUUAAUGCUCCAUUUUCUUUAAUUUUUAGGCUGAAGUGGCCUAGUUAAAGCCACUAUGGAGGCUCUUAGGAGCCACUUGUGGGUCUGGAGCCGCAGGUUGCUGACCUCUGCUUUAGUCCAUUGUCCUGGUUCUUCUGUCUUUCUUCUUUUCAGCUUUUCUAAAGGAUUCAGGUCUGGAGACUGAGAUGUUAUCCUACCCUAUGUUUUGAGUUAGUAUCCUGCUGAAAUAACCCAUUUGUUUCUUUUAACUGAACUACUAGAAAUCAACAACUAGAUACAAGCAGCAAUUUUUAACCUAUAUAAAAAUGCCCUCAGAUUAUUAUUUUAACGUGAGAUAAUGUUACUGCAAUAAAAGUGAAUAAAAUGAAAACAGUU